ACAGACGGUGACGUCAGUGGAGCGCAUAUCAAAAAGUUGUUGCGGUGUGCAAUACGUCGUGCCUUAUGUUAAGUAUUAUUGUUAGUAUUUUACCUACGGUCGGCUCUUUCUAAAGAUGGCCUCCCGGGAGAGACACGGAGCGGCAUCAUCUUCCACCUCAUCUUGUCCCUCAGGGCAGCUUGAAGACCAAAGACAAGUCACUUUUCCAGAUUCUUGCUCUGCACGUGAAGGAAUGCAACACUGCUGAAUAUGAGAAACUUUCAGACUCAGAACCAGAGCUGUCCAAUCUACCUCCUGAUUCACCCGAUUUAUCUCCUGCUACUGAAGAAAAGAUCGAGGAGACUUCAGACCUGUCGAAAUACAGUGAUCAAAUAAUGAGCUGUGGCUACACUGGCCCUAUAAAUGAGCAAAACAAGGAGAAUAUAAAGAGAGCAAUUGCAAUGCAUGCCGCUGCUCGACGGACUCGUAUGCUUCAACAGCUCCGUGAGGGUCUCCAACUUUACCGUCUAGUGGAUAUCAUGGAGAAGAACAAAGAAGUUUGCCGUAGCCACUUUGUUUUUGAAGGUGGCAAUGAUCAGGUGGACUCUCAAUACAUCGUAUCACAUCUUGACCCCAAAAUGAGUGAGAGUGGCACUCUAAAGCACAGCAAAGAAAUGCAAAUCUUGAAUAACUUCCAGGAUUUUCUUAUGGAACUCGAAGAUGGAGAUCCUGAGGAUGAGGAGGCACUUUGUGUGUCAAAAGUAAUGCAGUGGCUGUCUGGUCAAGCACACGUGCAUUUGCUUCUUUCAGAAAGACAAGCUUUUAAAAUCACUGUUCUAUUUGACCAUACAUGCAUGGAACGUAUGCCAGACCACAGAAUUUGCUACCCUGUGGACAGUGCAUGGACCCAGACAAUCACAUUUCCCACUGCACAUUCAACAAGUUUAAAUCAAUUUAAAGAAAACAUGAGAAUUGCAGUGCAAUAGGGAGCUUACUUUUACAGGGUUUAGAACAGAUUUGUUAAUACACUUCUUUGUCCUUUUAAUUGGACUUGGAGCUUUUGAAACAAGAGAGAGACACUAUACUUUGUCAUUUGUUUUAUUUUUGAAAGAGUGGCUUAUAAGAUUUCAAAACAUUGCUAUGACAUUAGUUUUACAUAAACAUUACAUGUGUAUUCUUGUGAAUUAAAUUUCUGA